AGGGUAACUGUUACAAGUCACAUCACCAACAGACUCCUGAUAUCAUUACAAAUGCUGCCAAAGAGGGGAAGAACACAAAGGACAUUUCCAAGUUAGGGAAGAACAAAGAUGAUAUUGGCAAGGACAGGAAGAGCUGAGGGGGAUAUUUCCAUGGAGGCAAAUACCUACUGUCUGGGCUCCAAAGAAGUUUCCAAUACACCUGUGAUAAAGCAUGCAAAUCAGCUAAAAACAUUGACCAAAAUCCCCAAGAAGCCCAAACAUGUUUUUAAUGUACCGAUGAGGAAACAAAAGAAUAAUGGAUCAGAGCAGAAGGAUGACAUUCAGCCUGAAGCUGUGACAACCAGGAGAGCCAGAAAAUAUGAUGUUCGCUGUCCACUUUGCCCAAAGAUUUUGUCUAGUCGGAUUGGGCUGAAGAAACACAUCCGUAUUCACACCGGUGAGAAACCUUAUAAAUGUAGGACAUGUAACAAACGUUUUGCUCAUUAUGAUGCUCAUCAUAAGCACAUAAUGACUCACAUGGAUGAGAAGCUGCCCCAGGGUGAUGUUUAUGACAAACCCGACAAGUUGGUAUCAGAUCUGAAGGGACGGAAACUGGCUCUGCAUGGCAAAUUGAUGCCUUCUGACAAAGAGUAUUUGCCUACCUACCCAUGUGAUGUCUGCCAGUUGGAGUGGAAGUCCAAGGAAUCACUGCAUGAACAUAUGAAAACCCAUGAGCACCAGUGCCCCAAUUGUAACAGAGCUUUCUCCAAUGAUCGCCUUUAUCAAAUUCACAGUGGGAACUGUGAAGGAACAGAGGUGAACAACAGAGAGAGAAGCCAGAGGUCACAGUCACCUGUGAAGGUUUUGAGAUCACAUGCAGUCCACCUGGCUCUGAUAUUGAGGAUGAGGACCAACAAAUAUUUGAUUCUCAAGAGAUGAGAUUUGGAUGAAUCAUAUGAUAAAUUGGAUGGUGUAGUGGAUGAUGUAGAUGGUGCAGAAGCUGUUUCUGAGACAGAUGGAGAGCAGACCAAGGAAUGGUACAAGCAGAAGACCACAAACAGCUGCACAUCCUGUGAGGAGACCUUCAGAUCCUUCUCCACCAUGAUACUGCAUCUGCUGGAACAUAAGGGACCAAAGGUAUUUCCCUGUCCACUAUACAGGUUCACAUGCUCUUCUCUUCAACACCCGAAGGAGCAUGAGAUGGAGCAUGACAAUGAACACAGGGCACCCACCAACAAAUCCUUUCAAGUCAGGUGCAACGUCUGUAACAGGUCCUUUGAGACCCACGAGUUGAUGAAUUCCCACUACACUGAACAUUUGGGUGGUGAUGUGUACAAGUGCAGCAAGUGUCACAAGAUGUUCAAGCUGUUUUCUGACCUCAACAAGCAUUCUAAAACUUGUAAAGUGUUUUUGAAACAUGUAAAGGCAUUUUCUUGCAGCUUCUGUAACAAGCAGUUCGACAAACAGGACAACAUAAAGAUACAUAUUCGCAGACACACAGGGGAGAAGCCAUACAAGUGUCAAGUGUGUGAAAAGGCAUUUGCUGCUUCUUCUGGUCUGCGGGCCCACCAAAUACGAGGACCAGCUUACGUCUGUGCAUCCCCUGCAAAGAAUAUCAUCACCAAAACUGCUAUGACCAAACACUCAAAAAGUAGAACCAGUGCUAGAAAAGGGAAUGUAACUGAAGCCAAGAAUGAUUCGAAAGGGUACACUAAACACAAAAUAGAGAUGCCUUACAAGUGUAGAAUUUGUGAUAAACUGUUUGCAUACUCUUCACAGCUUCAAUGCCAUGAAUGUAAACACAGUGGAGGAAAUUGUAGAGGAAGGAAUCCUAAUAAAACAAACAGAAUUAAGGAUUUGGAUGGAGAGACAAUCAUUAAUGUUCACCCUUCUGCUGGUUACAUGAAUCUGCUAAGUAAUUCUGAAAGUAAAUCUCCACAAGAUGCCUUCACGACCAAAUCUCAGGGUAAAAUCAAUCACCAGUUCAAGAGGUCAUUUGAAUGUCGACAUUGCUACUAUGAGACCUCCACUGAAAGAGCCCUCCAACAGCAUCUAAGGACACAUCUAGGAGAGAUGCCUUUCAUGUGUGAUGUAUGUGGUAAAGGUUUUGGAAAUGAGUACAACUAUCAGAGUCAUUACAGAACACACACUGGAGAGAAGCCUUACAAGUGUGGAAUUUGUGGUAAGCGGUUUACAAAUUCAUCAGGACUUCGAUACCAUGAAAGGACACGAAGUGGAGAGCACUGUAGCAUUAGAGUUGGAGGAAAGGGUCCUGAAGAAGCGAACAAGCUGAAGGAUUGGGAUGGUGAUGUUCACCCUCCAACAGGGUAUAUGAAUAUGCUGAUUAACUCUGAACAUGCUGAAAGUAAAUCUCCACAAGAAAAGGAUGAUUCCACUGCCAAAUCUCGGGAUAAAAGCCCAGAGAUAAACAAUGCAAGUACAGAUGUUUCUGGGAAAAUGGCCACGAGGAAACAGAUACCCCUAUCUUACAAUGAGGAAAAUGAAUGCAUGAUUUGUGGAAAGAAAUUUCAGUACCAGUUUAUACUAGACAGUCACUUGAGAGCUCAUAGUGCUGAAGAGAUUGAUGAUAUCCUAAAGAUGUUCCAGUCUUCUACCGAUGAUGAGAGUUUGAGUUUGUUGGCAUCUUGGGAGCCAUAUACUUGUAGGGAGUGCGGACAUGAAUACUGCACUUCAGAAGAGUUGAAGACUCACAUGCUAUCCCAUUCAGCAGAGGAACAUCAAAGUACUUUGAGUUCAGCAUUUGAGCCGGAGACUCACUUCAAAGCACAUUCUAAUGUGCUUGCACUUUCAUCAUACACAUGUAAAUUUUGUACAAGAACUUUCAAGAAAAAAUACAACUGGCAGAUCCACAUGAAGACACAUACAGGAGAACGUGACUACUUCUGUCAUUUUUGUGCAAAAACCUUCUGGAGGAAGUACAACUGGAAGAUCCACAUGAAGACCCAUACCGGAGACCGUGCCUAUUCUUGUGAUCACUGCCUAAAGAGCUUCAUCACCAGCAGUAGGCUCAAGUUUCAUGUAAAAAGCAAACACUCCUAUGUGAGUCUGGAUGUUAGCAGUGCUACUAGUGGUAAUCUACGGAAGAGAAUUCAGGAUUCAGACGAAAGUGUCUCUGAUGAUGAAGUCAACUCGAGGAAACUAAGUAAGUUAUCUCAGGAUUCUCACAGGAACUCUACUCUGGAAGCUGGUAGUGGUAGGUUAAAGGCAAAGCGUCAUGACACAGAUGAAACUCUAGCGAUGCAGACUUUUACAGAUGCAGAACAGCAAGAUGGAGGGUUGGAGACUGUUGCCCUGUAUUCCAAAAUCGCUGGACAGAUUAAGAAGAGUAACAGCCAGUCAGCUUACAUACUACUAUCAGGUAAAGCCAGUAUGGAAAGCUAUCCCCCAAGUAGUUCUGACAGUGCGAUAAAUGGCCCAUCUACAGCCACUGAACAAGAACAGAAUAUAAGUGAUCAGAGGAGGAACAAGAAUGAUUCUAAACAGAACUGUCACCAAAUUAAUGUCAAGACCCAAAACAGUGAAAAGACUAUAUAUGCAGAGUCUGGUUCCAGCACUUAUGAUGACCAAGUGAUUUCAUUAGACAGAGUUAGUUCUGGAAAUAUUCCAGAUGAUGCCCAAGCAAUAUCAGACAUUGAGAUCUGUGAUACCUUGGAUCCCAAAAUGAACAGCUCCACCAUUAGAAAGAAACUGAUGUUGGACACCAAAUCCGGGGAUGAAAAUAUGGUCGGUAAAAUGAUAGAUAUAAUGCAUGAUAAUCAGCCGUAUUACUUAUGUAGUAUUUGUAAUUCCAAAUUUCCCACUAAGGAGACAUUUAAAGAACAUAAGAACCUUCAUCCCAAAGAUACUCCAUUUGUGUGCAUAGAAUGUGGCCUUGGUUUUAUGUAUAAAACAGACUUGGAAGAACAUUGUCAAGUUAACAAGAGUGACAAUCAAUAUGAAUGUCAUAAUUGUGGCAAGUGUUUUGGGAAGUCAGACAACUUAAUAUCACAUUUUCAGACCCACUCGGGUGAAAAACAUUAUAAAUGCAAAGUCUGUUAUAGGAGUUUCACAACAUCAACUGAACUAACAUACCAUAAAAGGAACAGAGAAACAGAAAACUGCUACCAUUACUGUUACAAACCCCAAUAUGAAAAGGCUCAAAUCAUGACAUAUCCUUCAAUGGAGGUCAGAGAAGAUAUUGCCAAGGAAGUGAAGAGCCAAGACAAUAUUGCCAAGGAUCGGAAGAGUCAAGAUGAUAUUGCCAAGAAUCGGAAGAGUCAAGAGGAUAUUGCCAAGGAUUGGAAGAACCGAGAAGAUAAGGAGCUGGUGUCAGGCAAGUCGAACAUCAGACAAUGUCUACUGUGACUCAAGACAGGUUCUUGUCUUUCCCAAGACACCUGUGAUGAAGCAUGGAUAUCCACAAAUAGCAUCAAACAAAACACUCAUGAAGUUUGACCCAUUAGUGCUGAGGGAUGUAGCCAAACAUGUUCUUCAUGUACCCAUAGGGGAGAAACAGAUGACUGAUGGAUCUGAACAGAAGGAUGAUAUUCAGCCUGAAGCAUUGGCUGGGGCAGUCAGUCCAAAAAACUUUGGUUCAUAAGGUCACUUUGAAGAAGAAAACGCCUUAUGAAUGUAAGGUCUGUGAAAGGCGUUUCGUAAAUUCUGAUUCCCAUCAUUACCACAUGAAGAGUCAUAUGGAUCAGCUGCACUGGUGUGAUAUUUGUGACAAAUGGUACAACUUAGCUUCAGAUCUCGAACGACACAAACUUGAUCUGCAUCCCACAGCUUCUGAACAAGAGUCAUCUUGUGUACCAUUGGUUACCUACCCAUG